CUCUCGCACGUGUUUAUAUCACGACGCCAGUCAGGUCAGUCUCCCGGAGCGUUUCGCGUGUGACGGACGCGUUUCUUGACGAUUAAUGUUUUUAUUUUAAUGUAUUUUUUAACAAAAGUUUAACGCUUUCUUCUGUGGCUCGUCGUCUUCAACUCAAAAAUCAGGAGAAGAUCGGAUGCCAAAAUUGUUACAAGUGAUGUUGUUCGUGCUUUGAAAGAUAUGACUAAUGACGAAGCUUCGAUUGAUACCAAGAACUCAAAUAUAAACUUUAUGUGUUAUGUGAAUAAUAAAAAGUGAUAAAAUAAGUGAACAACUACUUAAGUGAUUGGGAAUGGAACUUCAGUUGUAGUUCCAAGCAGCGUCGACAGCUGUUGAAAGUUUGUAAACGGUGACAGUAUCCAUGGUGGGUAGGAUGUGGUUCAAACGGGACCCGAAGGUCUCGGACAAGGUUGACAAGGUCGACAAUGGUGUCGUCAAUAAGCUGAGGAGAAAGAAACCGGUGCUCCUGAAGCCGACUCGGGAGUCGAGCGAGAGGGAAACAUCGGCGGAUAGUGAUAAAGAGAGACGGAGAUACUCUGAUAUUCUCGACAUGAAAGUGUCGCUCGAGCGGCGAGAUGAAAGUGACGAAUCUCUCUACGAGUCGGCUGACUGCCACAGCGACGCAAUUUCGGCCAGCGAUGACGCACUGCCUCGACUCAGUAAAACACCAACAAUGAGCAAGGAGUCUCUCAAACUAGCGGUCACGGACGAAGAGGGCGAACAAGCUAGAAUUAAGAAAGGACACAGAAAAACAAUGUCUCUAUCGAAUCCUAUAGAAAUCGUCAAAAGUCUUGGUGACGAGUGGUUCGACCACACAAAGAAGGAGACGGAGAAGAAUUCGGACAAGAAGAAAUCGAGGGAAAGCCUUUGGAGUGAAGAGGAUAGAGAAUCGAUCCAUGGUUCUACUAUGAAACUGGAUCAGAUAAGGAAAAAUAGUAAAAAGGGUGACAAAGGUAAUGAGAGUAGAAAAACUAGUACGACAGAGGCUCCUAAGCGUAAAAGCAGUAAGGGUUCCUCGGUUAGUGCUCUUAAUUUCUUAAGAAGAAAGAAAACGCCAACGUCGGUGAAGGCCGUCGAAGCAGUUGUCGAAGUUGUGGACGGUAUUGUGAAUACCGAUGAGAUGUUAAACCACACAAAGUUUUUCUUAGAAGAAGAGAAAAGGCACACGGCAAUGUGUCAAGCUAGGCCUCUCGUUGAAACUGACUCUGAUGAAGAUAUACCGGCUCCUAAAGUCAUCGGUGAGCACAGGAGGAGGUUAAGUAGACAGACGUCUAGAAGUAAGAGUAAAGUGAGAGGAAAGAGUCAGACAGUCAAAGUUAACACUUUAAGGAAAUCUCACAGUGGUACUCUAAAGAAGGGCAAAAAGAAGAGUGUGAAAACGCCGCUAGCGACCAGAAGUCGCCAAGCCAGUAUCGUGGAACCAAGUCCAAUUGCGAAAAAGAAGAACUCCGACUCUUUCAAGCAGAAUUCUUGGCUGUUUAGCGGUUCUAGAGAAUCGAGACGAGAGGGUUCGACGGAGGAGCCGACGGCGCCCGACGUCGAUCUCGACGCGAACGACACCGCUGCCAAGGAACCCGAGAAGGAGUCCAACUGGAAGGGUGCGAACGCAUCCCGCGGCGUCAACCGAGCGGAGAGCUGUCGCGAGCGCGACGCGCCGAGACGCGGCAAACAUCGGAACGCGUCCGAUCCUAACCGACUGACGGCGCAUCAUAACCAUGAUCUUGAGCCUGGCGCACCGACCGCUCCCUCGGGCAGCUCGAGCAGUUCCAGUUUGUCGUCCAGGAGUAACGAGAGCAACACAGUCGCGGCUGAGCAACAAGCAUCUCAGUCUGAUUGGUCCGAAGAAGAGGAGCCCCUGGCUGCUCAGUGGUCGGACAGCCUGCCACCGCACGUCAGGGAUACCAUCAUCCUCUCAGCUCGGAUCCGGAAGCGACAGGAGGUUAUACACGAGCUCAUAGUGUCCGAAGGUUCUCACGUCCGCUGGCUUAAGGUUCUAGGAGUGGAUUUCCUCAAACCCCUAGAGAGGCAGCCAGCCUUACUGCCAGCUGAGGAGUUAAGGGCGUUGUUCCCCAAUUUGCCUGGAGUUAGAGAACGCCAUGCAAGACUCUAUGCCGAACUCCGUACGGUUAGGAGUGAAGCUCCUAAUCACGUGGUUCAGAUCAGACCGGUGGCCGAUGCUAUGUUGAAUACGCUCGGUGAAACAGGCUACGCGUCGUGUCUGUCCAAGUUUUGUCGAGGACAACGUAUGGCGUUAGACGCGUUGAGGGAGCGCAGGAGGAAAAAUAAAGAGCUUCAUCAGUUCCUGACUGGAAGGGAGCAGCAGCCUCGUUGUGGGCGACUGCAGUUGAGGGAUUUGUUGGCUUGUGUGUGGCAGAGGUUGACCAAGUACCAGUUACUGCUGGAGAGCAUCUUGAAGACUGCCAGUGAGGACGAGAGCGAAGAUGGAGACAGCGUGGAUGAUAUCAACCAGCUCCGAAAGGCUCUAAACGUCGCUAAGGAUGUGUUACAUAGCGUGGACACUGCCAUUCGGACUGCGGAAAAUGAGCACAGACUGCGCACGAUCCAGAGCAAGCUGGAGGUGCGCGUGCCCGGCGGCGGCGGCGCGGAGUGCGAGGAGCUGCGGCGGCUGGACCUCACGCAGCACGCGCUGCGGCUGGAGGGCGAGCUGGCGCUGCGCAUCGACUCCAAGAAGAUCUGCGUGCUGGCGUUGAUGUUGGAAGAUAGCCUGGUGCUGCUGCAGCGCGAGGGUGACAAGUUCGUUCUGCGACCGCUGGUGCAGCCCUCGCAUAGUGCGCUGCUGUCGCCACUCAUCAAGUGGGAUAAAGUGCUCUUCAGACCGAACGCGGCGGUAAGAAACACGUUUUUCCUGAUGAACAUCAACGGCAUACAAAUGCACGAACUUUCGGCCAACACCGCUGCCGAGUAUAGCACUUGGGAGAAACACAUACGAGAGGCGCCGUUGGCUCGCCUGGCAGAGACCAAGCCCACACUGACCGCGUCCCACCAACACACGCGGUCCACUGACGACUCCGGUAUAAACGUAUCACGGAACCCUUCAGAUGCGUCCGAGAAGUCGACGUCGAGCGCCCCUCCUGAAGAGACGGAGAGUGAGAGAGAGAGAGCGUCGCUGGAGAGAGAUGAAGCCGAGGACAAGCUGGGGGGGGACAGGGAGGAGGAGGGGGGCGGGGCGCGCGCCGGGGCUGCGGACAAGGAGGGGGAGGACCGGGUCGGCCAGCGCGGCGCCACAGGCCGUAUUACGACACACGCGGCGCCGCCCGCCGCGCUGCUGGCCGGCGCCGCCGUGAGCGCGCCCGCCGUGCACACCGCGCACACCGUGCUCUCUCAACACGAGCGUCUCCGGAGGCUGGACGAGGCGAUCAGCCGAGCUUUGCGAGCCAAAAGUGCGGUCGUAGCUGAGUUGCUCGCUGUACCUCCGAACAGUUUCGCGCACUUCGCAGAACUAGCCGUCGCCGAUACUCUCGGGCAUGUCGAUGUAUGCGGUGAGCUUCAAACAACACGAGAGGAACAAGCGCCCGACAUUCAUCAAUUACUACUGGCAGCCCAGGCGCAGGCCAAUCAACUAACAGAAGCGGUGAGCAGUGCGUUAAACGUCAGCGAAGCAACCGCUAUAGCGGCGCGGACGGGGCGGUGUGACUCGUGCCGGGCCCGCCGCACACCUGCACCCGCGACACCUGCUACACCUGCACCUGCUACACCCGCCACACCCGCACCUGCACCUGCCACGGCGCAUAUGUCUGCACCUGGAACGCCUGCGUCACGGUUUAGAGAACCGUUUGAAUCGAACGAUAAGUCGGAGGAUUCGGAUCGCUUGAAGGAGCGUUUAGACGAGUCGGACGACGCGUCGCUCGACAUGUUGGCCGAUCUGUCGGCAGAGCCGCCCGUCGAGCACGUCUUCGAGCUGUCCGCGGGCUCGGCGGCGGCGCUGGCGGCGCGCCUGGCGCCCGCGGCGUGCGGCCUGCAGGCGGCGCUGGCGGCGCUGCUGGCCGCGCUGCCGGCGCUGCAGCGCGAGCGCCGCCAGCUGCGCGCGCAGCUCGCGCUGGCGCUGGAGCGCGCGGACGGGGCGCGCGCCCGCGCUCGCCCCUCCGGUCUGUACUGCCAAAGUGUUAUGCAUGAGACCACAAAGGUUUCCGAGUUGAUACGACCAAAAAAAGAAAAAGAAAAAAUGUAG